UUCUGUUACAUCAAUUCAGAUACACAGCUUUGCACUCGGAGGAUUCCACUCAAGAAAUUCUGCCAUUAUUUGACCAACGGCUUAACUUGUUUUUCAAUGCUCUUCACUCUAGUUUACAAUAACCCACCUCGCGCAGUCCUUGCUUUUAGGAAUUCUUUUAUUACUAAUGAUGAUCAAUCGACAUUCAUUUGUGAAAUGAUGUCGUCAGAUCCAGAUGAUCAUGAGGACGACAUAAAUUGCAAUAUUGACUUUAAAAGCUUUGUCUCAAUUGAUUCGAAAGAGUUCCAACGUGUUGUAGAAGAGUUUAGAAACAUUAUAACAGUUUAUGUUUUCGUGACGAACUUACAAGUGAGGUUCACAUGUGCAUUGAAAGAGAUUAUUCUUAGCCAAGUGGAAGAACAAUGCAUUAUUGGAGGUAUUGAAGAUGGACAAGAAAUUCAAUUCGUAAUCACUCUCCAUCCCUCGAGAUUUUUUAAUGAAUUGUCAUCUCAAGUGGGAAGGGUAUGGUUGUACCGGACAAGCAAUGCUCGAAGUGCAAUCUUUGCACCUAUUAACUCAAAUGCUCAAUUUGUGGUCUAUUUUCCCAUAAUGUGACAUGGGAAAUCCAUGCUCA